GGUAGAACCGUCAGACCAAAAUAACUACCCACCCCAUUCUCUUCUCCCGCAAGCCCGAGACCCGCACCCAUCUCGCGUCCUCCUCUUUCCCCUCCCGACUCGCAGCUUCGAAAGUCGGUCGCCGCAUCCCCUUCCUCUCCAAGUCCCCGCCGCAAACCCUAGCCCCCCAAUCGAGCCGAGCCCCAUUCCGGCAGGCGGGCAGGGCGGCGCAGGGAUGUUCUUCUCCGGCGACCCGACGUCGAGGAAGCGGGUGGACCUGGGCGGGCGGAGCAACAAGGAGCGCGACCGCCAGGUGCUGCUCGAGCAGACGCGCGAGGAGCGGCGCCGCCGCCUCGCACUGCGCCUCCAGAACUCCUCCGCCACCAAGAUCCAGAAAUGCUUCAGAGGGAGGAAGGCGUUCGAAUUGGCACGCUCGGAAGUUCGAAAGAACUUUUGUUCUACUUUUGGGGAACACUGCCAGAGGGUAGAUAGGAACUGCUUUGGCAAUAAUUCUGAUUUUCUUCGCCAAUUGCUGUUCUUCUUCAAUGCAAGUAAAGACAGUGAUAUUGCUAUACUUUCUCAAGUCUGCAGCUUACUUCUGCAGUAUGUUAAGCAUGGGGAUGUUGUAAGUCUCUUUGCGGGUGUAGAUUACUCCUCAGUGGAACCAGUUGUAAUUCAUAGGGUUAAAAGACUUGCACUCAUCUGUGUGCAUGCUGUUCAUCAGAAGAGGCAUGAUUGGAAUAAUCAACUUUUGAUGUCAGUGCAAAGCACAUCAAUGCCUUUUGUCCAAUUACUAGAAGCUGUGGCUUGUUUGAUAAAUCCUAAGCUGCCGUGGAACUGCAAAGUAGUUGGGUAUCUUCAGCAGAAAAAGAUUUAUUGCUUAUUUCGGGGAAUUAUCAGUGCAGUACCGCAAAAUGCAAGAAAUAUGGAGCACUGUGAUAUAUCUGCGCUGGAGCAUGUUCUCAUGCUUACUGCUUCACAUGUUGGUGAUAGUCAAUGUUGUUGUCCAGCUGUGGAUCCAAGAUGGAGUUUUUCCUCGCAGCUUCUAUCCAUUCCUUUUCUCUGGCAUCGUUUGCCACACUUCAAGAAGGUUUUCUCUGCUAAUGGGCUCAGCAAAUACUAUAUUCAUCAGAUAGCUUGCUAUUUGCCCAGUCGUGCUGAUGUUCUCCCUAAUGAUAUAUCAGCUAAACAGCCAGGAUAUGCGUGUGUUCUUGCAAAUGUACUCGAAGCUGCAACUUGGAUUUUGUCCGAACCAAAGUUCGCUUCUGAUAGAGCGGCUGACAUCAUUGCUGUUUCCACAUCAUUAUUGGAUGCGUUGCCGACGAUCACUUCAGCUACCGAAAGGGCAGAUGAUGACGAUGACAUGGCCAUGGAUGUCGAUGUUAAAGAUGAGCUUGAUAUUGAUUUGCAAAAACAGAUAAUGGCAGCAUUUGAUUCAAAUACAAAGUUACUUGAACAUUUGGUGAAUGCUCUGUUCACAGGCACCUUAAGCACAAACUAUUCUGAUCCAUCUGGGCCAUCAGAUGCUGAAGUGGAAGCUGUAGGGUCUAUCUGUGCUUUUCUUCAUGUCAUGUUCAGCACAUUGCCACUGGAUGUAACUAUGACUGCGCUGGCCUAUCGUACUGACAUUGUUCCUGCACUAUGGAACUUUAUAAAGCGGUGCCAUGAAAACCAAAGAUGGCCAUAUUUUUCCAAGUAUAUCUCUCCUUUGCCUGUAGAUGCUCCUGGUUGGCUCCUGCCUGUGUCUGUAUUCUGUCCCAUAUACAAGUACAUGUUAAAGAUUGUUGAUAACGAGGAAUUCUAUGAGCAGGAGAAACCUCUUUCACUUAAAGAUUUGAAGGCCCUGGUCCUCAUUUUAAAGCAGGCUUUAUGGCAACUUCUUUGGAUUAUUCCUUCACAUACCUCUCCUAGCCAGAAAGCAUUGCCCAAUCCUUUAGGCCUUAAGAAAAUGUCCAUCGACAGUCUUAAGAGCCAGGCAAGGAUUGGGUUAUCUGAAUUACUCACCCAGUUGCAAGACUGGAACAGCCGACUCCCAUUCACUGCCGAAAGUGAUUUCUAUUCUCAAGAAGCAACAAGUGAAAAUUUUGUUUCUCAGGCGAUACUUGGCAACACUCGAGCAUCAGAGAUUAUAAAGCUUGCUCCCUUUUUGGCACCUUUUACCAUUAGAGUUAAAAUAUUUACUUCACAAUUGGCAAAUUCUAAACAAUCGACGGCAUCUCAUUCCGCCUUGACAAGACAUCGGUUUAAAAUAAGAAGAAGUCGACUCCUCGAAGAUGCUUUUGAUCAGCUAAGCUUGCUCUCUGAAGAAGAUCUUAAAGGACCAAUCCGAGUAUCAUUUGUUAAUGAGCAUGGUGUGGAAGAAGCUGGAAUUGAUGGAGGUGGAAUUUUCAAAGAUUUCAUGGAAAAUAUCACUCGUGCUGCUUUUGAUGUGCAGUAUGGCCUAUUCAAGGAAACAGUCGACCACGUUCUGUACCCCAACCCUGGAUCAGGAUUGGUUCAUGAGCAGCAUCUGCAGUAUUUCCAAUUUCUUGGAAGUCUCCUUGGGAAGGCAAUGUAUGAGGGCAUACUUGUUGAUCUGCCAUUUGCAACCUUCUUCUUGAGCAAGCUGAAAGAGAAGUCUAACUUCUUGAACGAUCUGCCUUCCUUGGAUCCAGAGUUGUAUCGACAUCUUCUAUUUUUGAAGCAUUACAAGGGCGACCUCUCAGAUUUGGAGUUGUACUUCGUUAUUGUGAAUAAUGAAUAUGGUGAACAAAAUGAAGAAGAGCUCCUUCCUGGUGGGAGAGAGAUGCGUGUUACUAAUCAGAAUGUUAUUACGUUUAUCCACCUUGUUGCCAACCAUCGAUUAAACUAUCAGAUCCGUGGACAAGGUAGACAUUUUCUAAGAGGUUUUCAAAAACUUAUACCAAAGGAAUGGAUUGAUAUGUUCAAUGAACAUGAAAUUCAGCUUCUCAUAUCUGGCUCUCUGGAAAGUUUGGACAUUGAUGACUUGCGCUUAAACACCAACUAUUCUGGAGGUUAUCAUCCGGACCAUGAGAUUAUCGAUAUGUUGUGGGAGGUUCUAAAGAGCUUCAGUUCAGAUAAUCAGAAAAAGUUUCUCAAGUUUGUGACUGGAUGUUCUCGCGGGCCACUCCUUGGAUUUGAGUACCUUGAUCCUAAAUUCUGCAUUCAGAGAGCUGGUGUCCCCGGCUUGGAGGAACAUGGAGACCGUUUGCCCACCUCGGCUACUUGCAUGAACCUUCUUAAGCUCCCUCCUUACAGAACCAAGGAGCAGUUGCAAACCAAACUGUUGUAUGCAAUAAACUCUGAAGCCGGUUUCGAUCUGAGCUAAUUGCAUUGUGGAUUCGAACAUUGUGCACAGUGUAGAUAGUUGCUAGAUAACAGCUUAAAGGCAAACCAAGACCAGAGCACCUACGAUUUGGGCCCAAUUUGAAGCCCAACAAACAAAGGGCAGACAUCUUAGGGUGGCUGGGGGAAUCAGAGGCGGCGCCUGCAACAGCUCAGCAGCCAUGACAAGGCUGACCGGCGGAGAGUGGUAAAGGCAAGCUAGCGCAGAUGCUGUUGUAAGCAGCCAUGAACAUGUACAUAUGUAUUAGUCGUUGUGAUUGAAUGGCCGCUUGUGGAAUAAUAUAAGGGAUGAAAGAAAUUGGUAGUUCGGAGUUCGUUAAA